CGAUAACAAGAUUCUGCGUGUCUACCGAUGGAAUUUGCAUGUCACAGAGGAGGUGGCGUUCAACGCGACGAUCGACUCUUUCUCCGUGGCAGAACAUGGCUUAGAGCCGCCCUCGAGUUUGAAUCUACACUUGCUGCCGAUAACGGUAAAUGAUGACGUAUUCGCUCUGUUGGGGAAUGGAACCAGGACUGGUGGUGGAGGAGGAUUUUCCGGAUCGGGGAGUGCAUACAGUUCAUCGAAUGCUACCAAUUCUUCUGGAAGCGGUUCUUCCUUGUUGCGCAUCCUCCAAGACACGGACGACGAAGUGAAUUGCACGAACCAAACACUGACAGUGCAAGGACAAGAUACCAAUGUCACGGUUUGCACGCCGUUGAACAACAGCACCAGUGCUUCGAGCGCCAACAGUGGAGGAGAGUCGAUUUUGAUGCCGAUCGCCACUGGUAUCAGGCGUAUCCAUAACGCUGCUGGAAGCGGAAACGAUACGGUGUUGGUGACAACCCGCUUCGGUCUGAUCGUUUUCAAGGUCUCAAAGGGUCAAAUGUCUCCGUUGAUCCCCUUCUCGAUCACUUCGUUUGAGAACAGUAUUCCUACUCCUAGUUUCGUAGUGCUCCAGUCUAGUGUGCGCGGUGGAUUCGUCGCUCCUAUCGCUUUGGGACCCGACCCGAAGACUAUGACCUGCAUUCUUGGCGCACCUUGCAUGAGUCCCUUUACGUGGAGUAUCC